CUCCUCCUCCCUCCUAUAAAAGGAGGAGUGCCCCCAAUGUGAAGGGGAGGCCAAUCAAACCCUUCUCCCUGCACAAUCCUUUUCUCUCUCACUAGAGUAUUUAUGUAUUUUAUUUCUUCAAAGGAGCUUUAAGCUUCCAUUAAUGGCUUCCGAGCCCAAUUCAUGUACCAUGUACAACCCCCGAUAUUAAUAAAAAUCCCCCGUUGGCAAGGUACCGCCAAAAAAGGCCCGUGGUUUUCUCCCGAUUUGGGUUUCCACGUAAAAUUCCCCGUGUUUAUAUUUUGGUGUUUUUUAGACUAGUUUAUCGUUUUUACCGGUUAAAAACGAUAUAUCGGUCGAUAAUUUACACCAUCAUUUUGGCGCCGACCGUGGGACUUGAUCGAAAAGCCAUAUUUUUUUUAGUUUCUUCAUUUCCAAAGGAUAAGAGGAGAGGGAGGUGUUGCUCAAAAAAAAAAGAGAGAGAGAGAUGAAAGAAAAGAGGAGCAUAGUUGUUUUUUGUUCUUCUUUCCCCCACGCCCACAAAAAAAAAGGAGAGAGAUCCGGAUAAGAAAAACCACCCUAGUUGUCAUUUCUCAAUGGGCCGAAAUCAUAGCCCAAAUAUCCUCUGAAUUUCCGCCGCCAGAAACCGAAAAGUUAGAAGGGAAAGAAGCUUCUGGGAGUUAUCGUCCACAUCCGGCGCUCGACACCGGCACUGGUGCUACAAGAGACUGUGCGCGACCCAGAUUUCGUGACCCGACCCGCGCCUCUCCACCACUUGCAUAGCCAAUCAUCGGUGACGAGCUUCUAUCCGACGACAAACCAGAAGCGGGAAUCAACAUCCAGCAGUCCGACGCCUUCCUCCAGCGCCUUACUAUUUCCGGCGACGAGGAGGAGACUCAGGCGGCGUAGCUGCCCCAUUCCGGCAACGGAAGAAACACAAGGAUGGUCAACGAACAGACACUCGAAGAAGACGACACACAGAAGCGUAUUUCAGGUCCAUUUUUGGGUGCGUGAAUGUCCGAUUUACGCCCGCCACUCUAUUACGGGCUAAUAUCCAUAGCCACCCUAAAAUCUACUGCUACAUGAAUCCGUGAUGGGAGUCCACCAGCAUGGCGGCUGGAAGCAAUUCAUCACUGCCGGGGAAGUGGAUCACCACCACCAUUGUCGGGUUGUCACCUUGCCCAAAUCAAAGACUACCAUGCUGAAAGUCUAUCAUCUCCACUGUCUGCUGCCGUCACUCCGCCCCGCCUCAGAGAACAAGACCAUGCUCUGGCAGCUCCGCAACUGGCUUCAUAGUAGCUCCAUCAUGACCGCCGUUCGGAGCUGGCCUAAACUGCUCCCGCUGCUGUUUGCCUUGCCGAAGAACAAAGCCAUCAUAACCGCACUGCGGAGGUCGUGGUUCCGCCUCAUCCCGGGUUGCUUCCUGCCGUAGCUCUGGCUCCAAUAAUGUCCUUGAAGGUGUUGAUGCUGAUUGACGUGGUACCAGUUCCUCAGUUCCUCCCAGAAGACAAUAACAGCAAGAUGGAUUUCACUCUCAAAAAGUCUAAGUGCAAAAGGACGGCUAGUUAAACAAAAGAUUGCCCAAUCCAAUGUCGGGGUAGCAACGCCAAGGCAUGUUCUCGGUGUUCUCGGCGCUGGAGCACUGCCGCGCGUGAAGGAGUCAAUUUCAGGGGCAGUUUCCUUGAGAGAAAAAGGGGAGAAAUUGAACAAAGAGAUCUCAUCAAAAAUUUGGCACAUGGGUAUGGUGGACAAUGCAGAUUCAGAAUGGAGAAAUAUGAAGGCUUUUCAUUUGGCCUUAUCACUGUGUAAUGAUACGGAGUAUCAAACAAGGGAGUACAAAGUGGUGAGGUCCUACACCCUCAUAUAUCAUUUUAUCCUUUCAAUUAUGGUGAAAGAUACAGGCAAGUGGACAAGGAGUGAUCCCUCACUUAUUUCUCCAUGGGACCCAGUAAUUUCAAUUGAGUUUGGAAUGGGUCCAUUUUUAUUUCUUCUCUGCGGAAUUAUACAAAUGGGAAGGAAGAGGAAGAUAAGAUGCUCCACCACAUUCAUCAUGGAAAAGAGAGGGCCCAUCUCUUUGAUUUAAUAAUAUACGCCGCACAAUAGAGUGAUGGGAGUAUAUGGUGGUGAGCUCACAAGGAGAUGGCCACACGCAAAAAUCCAAAUUAGAGCAUGGUGAGCCCAUUGCAAGGUGUACAUUAAAAGACAUUAUUAUUCACGAGUGGCUGAUGCAAUUCAUCGAGUACAUCAAUGUCACAUGCAUUUAUGCAAAUUUUGGAAAGGAAGACUGGGACACAGGCCCGGACCUGGUACGCCGGUUACUACACCGGUCUUGCUCAGUAUAAAAUAAAAAAAUAAUAAACCCGGAAGAGGGUAUGCCUGCAAGAGGACUGGACCUGGAAGAAGGUUCGAACUGUACUUACACGGGCCCAUGAGGUUUGACCGGUAUCGGGGAAUCAGCCGGUGCCGUCAAAUUGAUUGGGGACUAAAAGAUGCCCAUUAAAAGAAAUAGAAGGGGAUCGUCCACCGUGGCGCAUCCUAUUUCCCCCUUCUCAGGGAAGACUUGAACGGGGGGGGUGAGCUAAGGCCUUCCCGGGAUAGUAAAUAUCAAAGGGCCAUUAAAAGACUUAAUCACCCGGAAGAGGGGGCCCUGGAAGAAGGGUGCAUUUUGGGCCUUGGAGAGGGCUCGAAACCAUCCGACAUGGUUAAUUCUCUAAUGUUGACCUGGCCCGGCCAGCAGCAUUAUCUUAUUGGAAGACUGAGACACAGGCCUGGCCUGGCACGCUGGUUACUACACCGGUCUUGCUCAGUAUAAUAAAGAAAAUAUGUGACCCAGUCGAACUGGUACACUGGUCUCACACCAGUCUUACACAUAUUUUCCAAUAAGGCUGAGCCCAAUCGAAUUGGGUACACCGAUUGCACAUCGGUUUCAGCAAAAAGUGAGCAAAGCUCAUAUCGGGGACGCCCGAUUCAUUUAAGCCCUCAAUCUGAGGCACUUUGAUCGAAGAUGGUCUCCGCGAGACAUGAAGAUAUUUGCAUCAGUUAGCCGGGCUAGCAUCGAUCUUCAACAAAGCUGCUGCAGCGUACUCAAUUCUUAUUAACUAAAGUCAAUGUCGUCUGUAUACUAAUUUCGUCAUGCAUCGUUUACUUAGUUCGUACUAACAUCGGUCUCGACGAAAUAACUACUUGAAGCACUGCCACUCCAUCAUACUAACUCCGGUGUCGUAUAACUACUUGAAGCAUCGUUGCUUAAUUGAACUGACAUCGCUCUUGUUACGAUAAUUAUUCACGCGAAGUUUAAUCACCCUAACACCGAGCUCCUCGGUAAAGAUAAUUAAAUUAUUUGAGCACGGCAUAGGCCGGUCAAGAAAAAAAAUGUUGUACAUGUUAUUUUUGCAGGAAAACCUUCUGAUUCAAGAAAUUGGAGAACUAAUGACAACUCGGAGGACUGACAACAAUAUCAACCGGUCAAGAAUCCAAAGUACGAAGAUAGAAGAUAGCACUCGGAGGACUUGUUUACUUUUUCAAGUUGAUGAUUCUCACAACUUAAAAAAGUGGAGGACUUAUUGAUGGGAAAUAAUACGUGGCUCGGCCCACAUUUCCCAAUUAUUUUACGAAGAAUAGUCAAACCGGGCCUGUUUAAUAAAAUAGAGGAAUAAGAGAAUAUUCCUCCGAAGAUGCUCCUCCUCCCUCCUAUAAAAGGAGGAGUGCCCCCAAUGUGAAGGGGAGGCCAAUCAAACCCUUCUCCCUACACAAUCCUUUCUCUCUCUCACUAGAGUAUUUAUGUAUUUUAUUUCUUCAAAGGAGCUUUAAGCUUCCAUUAAUGGCUUCCGAGCCCAAUUCAUGUACCAUGUACAACCCCCGAUAUUAAUAAAAAUCCCCCGUUGGCAAGGUACCGCCAAAAAAGGCCCGUGGUUUUCUCCCGAUUUGGGUUUCCACGUAAAAUUCCCCGUGUUUAUAUUUUGGUGUUUUUUUAGACUAGUUUAUCGUUUU